AUGGGAUGUGCCACAAAGUGUAAUUGUAAAAAUGGGGCAGAAUGCGAUUUUCGAUAUGGAUUUUGUAAUUGUACAGAAGGCUGGAGAGGUCCAAGUUGUUCUUUACCUUGUUGGGGACAAACAGCAAAUUUAAAAUGUAAAAGUUGUGACUGUCAUAAUGAUGCGGGUUGUCUUCCUUUAACCGGAAAAUGUCAAUGUGGAGCUGGCUGGACUGGCACAAAAUGUGACAAACCUUGUGCUAAAGGAACUUAUGGAAUUGACUGUAAACAAAAAUGUGAUUGUGAAAAUGGGGCUGAAUGUGAUAGGUUUUCUGGAAAAUGUAAAUGUUCAAAUGGCUGGAAAGGGGAUAAUUGUGAUAGUAAAUGUGAACCAAAUAAAUGGGGUGGACAAUGUGAAUUCGAUUGUGACUGUUCUGGUUUUGGUACUUGUAUUCAACAUACUGGACAUUGUGUUUGUCAGGAUGGAAGGAUUGGGAAAAAAUGUGAAGAAGUAUGUGAACAUGGUUGGUUUGGAAAAGGUUGCGCCACAAAAUGUAGUUCUAUUUGUGGUAAUAACGAAAAUUGUGAUCAUGUUACUGGCUAUUGUCUGCAAUGCGAUACUGGAAAAAGCGGCGUUUUUUGUGAACAAAGUUGCUCUUUAAAUACUUGGGGUAGUGGAUGUUCACAACAAUGUAAUUGUAAUUCUCUUGGCGGUGAUUGCUCUUCAGUAGAUGGAACGUGUGAAUGUGCUAUUGGAUAUUCUGGUACUCAAUGCGAGCUUAAAUGUCCAGAAGGCACAUGGGGCUUUAAUUGUAGUCAAAAAUGCAGAUCAUGUCAAAAUGGAGGGAUAUGUUCGGCAAUUGAUGGAGAAUGUAAAUGCCCACCUGGUUUUGAAGGCGAUUUAUGUCAACAUCAUUGCUCUGAUGGAUUUUAUGGCCUCAAUUGCAUGUUAAAUUGUAGCUGUGCAAGUUUAAGCAAACGGUGUGAUCCAGUUACUGGUUCUUGUGAAUGCGCGUCUGGUUUACAAGGAGAUUUUUGUGAUAAAUAUUGUGAACCUGGUUGGUGGGGGCCUGAUUGUGUAAAAGAAUGUAGCUGCCGAACUGAAACGUCUACAUGUCAAGCAACUACUGGACAAUGCCUUUGCAAUCCUGGCUAUUUGGGUAAAAGAUGUGAGAAAACUUGUCCACCUGGAACUUAUGGAAAAGAUUGUAAACAAACUUGUGGAAAAUGUCCUGAAGAACAAAUAUGUGAUCCUGUGGUUGGUUGUUGUACUCCAAAUACUGGUUAUUGUGGAUUGGCUUAUGCUGAACAACAAAAAACGUCAACAUCAAUUGCUUCUUAUGUUUGGAUGGCUUUACUAAUAUUAUUUUUAUCUUCUGGAAUUUUAAUUGUUUUUGUUGUUUAUUAUCGACGUAAAUAUCAUCAUGAAAAGAAUCCUCCAGCUGUAGUGAAAUAUAGCGGAGAUGAAUAUUUAUCAAUUAAUGGUGUUGGAGGGACAACAAUAAAUAAUAAUAUAAAUGGAAGGGAAGGGGAUGAUGGGGGCUUUACAAAUAGACUUUUUGACAAUCCAGAGGCUAGAGAUUCUGGUAUUAUUGAUGAUGAUUUGGCUAUAUUAGCACAAAAAGAAAAGGCUGAAUCUAUGCAAAUGCGUGGAAUUAUGAAUAAUAAUAAUAAUAGAGUUGAAAAUAUUUAUGCAACAAUGGAUGAUAUGGAAGAUGAAGUUGGUUAUGCUACUUGUAGUGAUACUACUUUUAGACCAAAAACCUCCACAACUCCUUCAUAUAUUCAAAAUAAUAAUUUAAAUGGUGGAACAAAACUUUUAAUUAAAGAUUCGAGUACGCCUUUGCUUUCUUCUUCUUGUAAAAAUUCUCCUUCACCUUCUCCUCCUUCUUUUAAUAAAAAUAAUAAAUUAAAUUCAAAACUGGAUGAAGAUGAAAAUAAUUUGGACAAAAAUAAUGGAGGCGGUAUUUACUAA